AUGAAGACAUUCGCUUCCCUGGCAUUGCUCGCCGUGGGCGCCACAUCGCAGAUUAUCGAAAGCUCCAGCUUUGGCACUGGUAAAACUGUUGCCCAGUCGGAGUGGACUGCAGAGUUUCAAUUCCGUGCCAGUGGCCCUGAAAGAGCUGGGGGAAUCCUGCAGUUAUGGUACACCAAAGAUGGCCAGGCCCGGAUUGGCACCUCGAGCAUCUACACGGCGGGUCCAUUUGAUGGUUUUGCCCUGGUCGUUGAUACGCAUGGUGGACGUGGCGGCAGUGUUCGAGGUUUCCUGAAUGACGGUACCACCGAUUACAAAAGCCACAACAGCCCCGACGCUUUAGCCUUCGGUCACUGCGAUUACUCCUACCGCAACCUUGGUCGUCCCUCUGUCUUUAAGAUCAAGCACACCAACUCCAUCCUCGAAGUGACAAUUGACGGUCAACCCUGCUUCUCUACCAACAAGGUCGCGCUCCCCGCUGGAAACACCUUCGGUAUCACAGCCGCCACCCCCGAAAACCCCGACUCCUUCGAAGUGUUCAAGUUCGUCGUCGAGUCCGCUACCAGCCAAGGCUCUCCUCAAGGAGUGCCUCCAGUUGUCAACCAGCAACAAAACCAAGCUCCUCCUCAACCCCAACUCCACGAUCCACCAAUGGCUCCAACUUCGGAUGUCUCGAUGGCAGGCCUCGCCGCCCAAAUCGUCGACCUCGGUGGUCGCCUCCAGCUUAGCAACAAAGCAAGCAGCACCAUCAUCCAAGAAAUGAAGAACCAAGCCGCAAAGGGAGAUUCGCGCCAUGCAGAACUCCUGAAGACCCUCAUCACAAAGGACCAGUUCAACGCACUGGACAACAGACUGGCUCACAUCGAGCAGCUGAUGACCACUAUCGUGCGCGAUCUCGGUGACCGGGACUACAGCAGCCGUUUCAACCAGCUGCACGACACCCUGCGCUCUUCCCAUGUGAGCCUGAGCGAGAACCUGCAGGGCCACCUCUUGAACGUCAUUACGGCGUCGAGCCCUCGCAUGGGCUUUUUCCUGUUCCUGGUCAUCGCUUUCCAGGUGCUGCUUGUGAUCACAUAUGUGAUCUACAAGCGUCGUCGGGCUAACAUGCCCAAGAAAUUCCUGUGA